CUUUAUUCGCUUUUAUUUGCGUGUUUAUCGCGUUAUACGUUAAGUUAAAUAAUAAAUAUACAAUGUACGUGUGUUCAUAUUGCUAACGCAGUAAACCUUGUUCAAAGAAGUGUUUAAACGUGAUAGUUCUGUGUCAAACUUUGUGAUUGGAGGUACCUAUUUGGAUUAGUGCUUUAUUGUGUUGGAUAUAAGAUUAUCAUCGACUGCUGAAAGUAACUAUAGGUACGUUUCCUCGCUUCGAAUGAUCCUGCGGUGAAGGGAAAACAGUCCGUUGACUUCAGUGUUUUAUCGGCGCCGAUAACCCCCGCCACGCUGCCGUCAUGACGCUGCACUGGUGGAUGCACUGGUUCUGGGUGACGACGCUGCUCACUAUACUAUGGAGCUGCCAAAUAACCGCCGCGCCCCAGUCCGAAGAACUCCAGCACCUAACCACCGACGUAGAAAUAGAACCCAAGAGCGACCGGCAGGGCCGCGCCAUGUACUUCACGAAAACGCCCGUCACCCCCACCAAGCCCCCCAACAUCACUGCCAACAACACUGACGAGCUUAUACAACCUAUCCAGAAUGUAACCAACGCUACAACUGAAGCGCCACUAGCGCUUAAUUCAACUGAUAACAAAAAUGUAACAGAAACACUCAUAGCGCCUAACGUGACGGUUUCCAACGCAACAGCAGUGCCAGAACUAACUAAUAUAACAAGCACACAGAAUGCAACAUUCGCAUCAAAAAGGAGGAACCUCACUAGACCAGAUGUAGUCAAAGCGGACACUAUAGAGCGGACAUCUGAAAGCCGGAUAGUCACAGACAAGCCAUUGUCUUUAGAGACUCAGAAUUUCCUGCAGACUCGGAUCCCGCCGAACGUGGAAUCUUCUCGAAGAGUUGUGGAGCAGGAAGGCGGGAUGGACACGGGAGCCAUCGCGGGGAUAUCGUUCGCCGCGCUAGUGAUGGGAGCACUGGCUGGCAGCACGGCCUUCGUGCUGUAUAGGCGGAGGUACCUGAAUAAGCCGCAGACGUUGAAUGAUAAAUGCUCCAAUCCGGAUUCUAGCGGAUACCUUGAUGACAGCACUAUACGGGACAACUCGGAGGAGAUGUACAGCCUCGACAACGACUCGUUCCUCAACUCGCUCGAGGCCAUGACCAUCCAGAACUACUGGACGGACACCGUCAAACACACCAAACUGUAACCGUUCCAGCGUUGACUGACAAAGCCAUACUGCUGCGAUAUAAGGCUCUAAAGUGAGGUACGGUAAGAACGAAGAAUUUCGUACAUUGACCCGCUACCCUUUCCUUUCCGGAAGAUUGACUACCAAUAAGAUACCACCAGUGGCAUUGACCACCAGUAUCAAGGAGAUCGGACAUGCCUGGAAAUUUGUAUUGAAUAUAAGUCGCUAGUUCUUGAACCCACACACUCUUGUAGACGGACGUUCCUAUUGGGGCUAUUGCGCAAUACACGCAUAACUUCCGUGUCUAUGUACAUGCGAGCGACCAGCGAGUCGUGUACUCACGCACGCACACAACGACAAGUGUAUGCUCAAUGAGAUAACAACUGCGACACGUCUGCCAGCGUGUUCGCUCUCUAGUAUUAUAUGCUCUGAAAUUGAGGGUCAAUGUACGAAAUUCUUCGUGCUUAGCGUCCUUACUGUGACAUUGCUCGGUCGAAUUGCAGUUUGUAGACGUGAUGUCUUAGAAAUGUAUGGCGCUGUUGGGAGCCCUGUGCAAAAUGUCAACGGGUAUGAAGAGAGAAAAAUGGAGAACCUAUGGAGUUAUUCCUAUGAAUUGGAAUUGUCAUUAAUCCCAGUAUGUAAUUGUAGAGUAACAGUAUUGAUACGUGUAUCAUAUACACAUUAUUUUUUCGACUAUGCUGCAAAUAUUCUUUUUGUUACCGAUUGCCAAUAGAUAAAGCUGAUAGAGAGACAAUCUCGUGACAUAUUUUUUUCACGAUUUCAUACUCAUUGACGUAUCUGGUUUUUGGCUCCCAAUAGCAAAGUAUAUUAAGAAAUGUGUAUCCGAUUAAAUAAGGACCCUUCCAAAGUGGCAGUAGUUAACUAGAUGGUGUUGUUAUUUUUUCAUUAAUGUUUAAACUGUCAACCGCCUGGCUUGAAUAUGACAGGGGAAAUUAAAGUAUUUUUCAAUGUAAGAUAGUAUUAGAGAACUUUGAAAUUGCUUAAAUUUCAAGCUGUCAAAGUAAACGUGAGUAUCCAAUGCAAAUGGUGUAUAUUAUGAAAUAUAUAUGACUUCCAAAGAAGUUUUCGACAUGUGUAUGUAAGCUUUGACGUUUUGUAACUAAAUUAAUUAGAACUGUAUAAAAAAUAUUGACAGUUUCGACUUAAACCAGAAUUGGCAAAUAUACCUUUAACUUAUUUAGAAAUCAAAUUAUCCGUUUCAUUAUUCUGAACAUUCGACGGUUUGACUUUUUUAACUAUAAAACUCCCGUGAGACUCAAACAUAUUUAAAAAUAUUUUUAAGCGAGUUACUCACGUGUUAAGUCAAUAUAGCGUUCGACAUGUUUCGAUCCAUUUUCGA